UAUAUCUGAUGAAAUUGCAGAUAUAGAAAAGGAUACGAACCUUUUUGUUGGUAAAUCUUUUCAAAGUUGGGAUCAUGUUGCAAAGUUCAUGAAAAAGUAUGCGGCCGCUAAAGGUCAUGGGGUACGAAUUGGUGAUGGUGGAAAGAUCGAUAAAAUGACAAAUGAAGUUAAGAAGGGAAAGGGCUAUUUAGAAGUCACAAAAUUUAACGAUAUUUAUAUUGGAUACGAGUGUCAUCCAUCAGCAAGUAAAUUCAUUCCAACAUUACGAAAAUUGCCAGAAGGAAUUCUUGAAGAAAUUUGA